AUGAGCAAGGGAUCAGGUAACACUCAGAAUAUCACAUUAAACGACGAUUUUAUUGAUAAAAUUAGUAAUGGAGUGAAAUCAGAUGAUAAAACAGCUUUAACUCUCGACUUUUCAUCCAAAAUCGGAAGAAUUAUUCAAAUCGAGCCAUUUAAAAAGUAUUCAAAUCUCAAAGAGGUAUCUUUGAUUGGCCAUGCAUUCACUGAUCUAUCAGCUUUCCAGUCAUUACCCAAAUUAAAACGAUUAAAUUUAAGUUAUAACACAAUUGUCAACAUUGAGCCUCUAUUCUCUAUAACUACACUUCAAGAUUUAACACUUUCCCAUAAUAAUAUUAAGAAAAUUCCGCCAACAAUAUCUUCACUUAAAAAUCUUUCAGUAUUACGAUUAGCAUUCAAUCCUAUUUCAAAUACAGACUCUAUUAUUAGCUUAGUUCCACUUACAAAUUUGAGAUCUUUAGAUUUAGAAGGAACUCAAUUAAGUUUUAACGAAUCUGUUCUUUUAUUUAUCACUUUCACAUUACCACAACUUAAUACUCUCAAUAGGGAUACUAUUCAGCUUGAAUAUCGCAGAAAAGCUGCAGAAAGAUAUUCAAGAUCACAAUUAAACGAUUUAUAUCGCGAAAAUCAAGAAUUAGCAAGCCAAAAUGAGAAACUCGUAAGAGAAAAUACACAAUUAAAAUUAAAUAUUUCGCAAAAUUCAAUGAAUGCUUCAUCUGAUCAAAAAUUCUCUGAAAAUUUAAACUUAAAUUCCGCAAAUGAUGAAGAAAAAGAAAAAUUACGAUCGCAGCUUGCAGAAUUGCAAUCGAAAAUCAACAAACAAAAUGCAAAUUCUCAAGAAAUUUUUGCACAACAAAUUUCUCAAGCCAAAGAACAAUUACAGAAGUUCCAAACAGACAUAGCCAUUUUAAUUGAUAAAAACAAUAAGUUAAAAGACGAAAAUACCAAAUUAAAACAAGAAACUCAACAACAAAUGUAUUUUAUUAACCAAAUGGAAAAUGAUCAACAACAAUCAAGAAAAACAGACUCUACAACAAUCCAUGUAACACAAUCUCCUGUUGUUCAACAAAGAAUGAAAGUUUUACAAGAAAGAAAUUUGCAAUUAGAAGAAAAAUUAAGACAAACUAAUGACCAACUCAAUUCUCAGACUGCCCCUUUAACACAAUUGCAACAGAACAACUCACAAAACAAUACUACAAUUGUUGAACUUGAUUCUGACUUAGAAUCAUCAAAUUCAGAUGAUGAAGCAGAAAAAUUAUCAAAAUUAUUGAUGACAGAACGUUCAGAAGCAGAACAAAGACUUGCUGAUGAAAGAGAUCAACUUAAAAAACAAAUAGAAGAGAUGCAAAACAAAAUUGAUAAAAUGCAAAAUGAUAUCAACGACAAAGAUCAACAAUUAACACAGUUUUAUAGUAAUUAUGAUGAUAGGAACAUGCUUAAAGAUGAAAUUGCUAAAAAAGAAAACCAAAUCAAGGAAAUUUCAAAACAAAUUGAAGAAAUGAAAAAAUUGAAAGAAAAUGAUAAAAGUGACAUUUCUACUCUUAAAUCACUUAAUGAAGAAUUGAAUACAAAGGACAAAGAUAAUCAAAAUAAUAUCAAAAAGCUUCUGAAGAAAUUAAAGGAAAAUGAUUUAAAAUUGAAAGGUUUACAAAAUGAUAACAAUAAAAUUAAACAACAAAACCAAGAUUUAUUGAAGAAGAUUGAGUCCCAAGAAGAGGAGAAACAAAAAUUACAAGAAUUAAAAGAUAAUGAAAUAGAAAAUAUGAAAGACCAAAUUAAAAAAUUAAAACAAAUUUUAGCAAAGAAUGAAAAUGAAAAAUCUGAAUUGAAAAAUCAAAUUUCACUUUUAGAAAAUGAUAAAAAUGAUGACAAACUUAAUGAUGCAAUUAAGGAACAAGCAAACGAGAUAUUACAAUUAAAAGAGCAAUUAGAUGACAACAAAAUAAAAUUUGAAAAUGAAAAAAGUGAACUGACAAAAAAUUACGAAGAUCAACUUAAGUAUUUAAGGAAACAAGUUCAAAAUCUUUGUAAAGAUUUAGUUCCUGAUGCUAAACACAGUUCAACAAAUCCAAAUGAUUUUAAUAAUGAAUUCAAUCUUAUUAAAGAUUUGUUAAACGAUAAAUUAACCGUUAUUCAAAAUCUAACAAACCAUUUGAAUGGUUUACAAAAUAAGGUUAAUGAAGUAGCUACAGAACACUUGAAUGAAGCAAAUAACGAACCAAUUUAUGCCUUGACACAGAUUUCUAGAUUAAUUUUGAUGCUUAAAAGAAUGAAUGAAACAGUUAAUUCAGAAAACAACAAAUUAAAAGACCAAGUAAAUUAUCUACAAAAAGAUAAUGAUAAAAAUGGUGUCUCAAUAAGAAAACUUCAAGAUGAAAACGAUAGAAUGAAAUAUCUUGAAAAUUUGGUGAAUGAUCUGAAUAACAAACUUAAUUCUGCAUAUCAAGCAAUUUCUGAUUACGAAAUUGCUUCAAAGAACAAUGAUGCUUUGGCCAAAAAAGUUAGUGAAAUCAAAUUAAGUUUGCAAGUUGCAGCAAAACAAAUUCAAAAAUACGAAAAAGCGGCACAAGAGUUAGGAGAAGUUAAAAAUCUAAAUGAUAGUUUAAGAGAUUCUAUUUCGAAGAAAGAUGUGAAGAUUAAAGAAUUAACUGUUGAAUUGAAAGAUUUGCAGAGAAAAUCAGUUGAAUUUGAUUCAUUUAGACAAAAAUCGGAAAAUGAUCAAAACACAUUGAAGGAUUUGCAAAAUGAAAAUCAAUUUUUGCAUAAAGAAAUUGAAAAUCUUAAAUCAGACAUCAAAAACAAAGACAAAACAAUUGAUACUUUCCAAUCCCAAAUAUUAGAACAAACAGAAGUUUUCGCCAGAUCACAAACAGCAAUUGAAAACGCUAUGAAUAAAUCCAAACUUGAUGACGACACAAUUAAUGACAUGAAAGCUAAAUUAAUCAGUUGCAGAAACGCUCUUGAAGAUUCACUUAAGAGAGAAGAUAGUUUGGAAAAAGAUAUUCAAAAAGUCAAAGAAAAAUAUCAUAAAUUACAAGAAAAAGUUACAGAAGUUACUAAUAAAAUUGUUCCUGUCGAAACAUCAGUGAUUAUCAUCAAUAGUGGAAGUGUUUCACAGAACAUCAGUGAUUUAGAUUCAUUAUAUAAGAUAUUCACUCAAAAUGAUGAAAAAAUCAAAAAUUUGACAGAAAAAGUGACACAAACAACCGAAAAUUAUGAAAAACUGAGGAAGGUUUUAACAGAUAUAUUAUCAAGGUUUGAUACUCUUUCUCCUAUGGAUGAUAACAAAUUAAUUGAAGUUGUUAUGAAUGAUUUCAAUGUUCUUACUAAAGAAAUUGAAUUUGUUCGAUCUAAAUUGAUUGAAAUUGUUAAAAAUAACACAGAUUUAUCAAAUUUGAAACACAUGAACUCAAAGAAAUUGUUAAAUAUCAUUAUAGAUUUGUUAAAUCAAUCUAAGGCAGAUAAUGAAAAAAUGAAACGUGAUAUCAGUGAUUUACAAGAUACAAUGACAACUUUGACAACACAGAAUUCAGAAUUUGCACGUGAAAUCAAAGAUAAAGAUUUAGAAAACUCAUCAUUGCAGUAUCAAAUCAAAGCCAUUUCCGAUGAACAGAAUGAAUCUGUUUUGGCUCAAAACGAACAAAACAAAAAGAGAGAUUUGUUGAUUGCCAAGAAACAAAAUAAAAUUGUUAAAUUAGAAAAUAGAAUGAAAGAUUUAUUAGAGAAAACUACUAAAUCACUUCAAGAAAUGGACAACAAGAACAAAACACUGAACUCUAAAGUUGCUGAAUUAACAAAUGAGUUAUCUAAAUCCAAAGAAGAAAUUGAUAAACUCAAUAAUGAAAAGUCAUCAAUUUUGGAAGAAAAAUCAAUUUUAGAAACAGAAAAAUCUAAAAUUGAACAAGAGAAAACAGUUAUUUUGCAAGAAAAAACGGAAUUACAACUCAAUUUCGAGCAAACAACUAACCAAACACAAUUACAAAAAGAUCUUUCUCAGAAGGAAUUCGAGAGAUUACAGAGUAUAAUUGAAGAAAAAAACAUCUCUCUUUUGGAACAAGAAAACACAAUCAAACAAAGCAAGAAUGAAUUAACAAAUGUUAGAAAUGACUUACAAAAGGCAAAUUUGACUAUAAAUGAUUUGGAAGAAGAGAUGGAGAACAUGAGGAAGAAGAAUGAACAACAAGAAACAAUUUUACAAGAUGCUCAAAAGAUGGUUGACCAAUUGAACAAACAAAUAUUAGCUCUGAAAAUGCAAAACGAAGAAAAUGAAACUAAGUUCAAAUCCACUAUUGAUGAAACAGAGAAUUCUAAUAAGAACAAAGAGUUGACAAUCAGAAAAGAAUAUGAAGCCAAAAUCAUCCAAAUCCAAACAGAUAAUGAAGAAAACAAAUCAAAGUUGGAAAAGAAAUAUUCGGAUCUCAAAAAUGAUUUCGAAAAUAACUUGAAAGAAAAAGAAACAGCAAUAAUGAGAAUCCAGAGAGAACAGAAGAAAUUAACAAACAAGAUGGCUAAAGCUCUCAAAGAGUCAGAUUCAAGAACAGAAUCAGUUUACAAUGAACUCGAAAAGAGUCAUACAGAAAUUGAAAAUCUGAAACAAAAAUUAACUGAAUCAGAAACAAAAGUCAAAUCAUUGGAAAACUCACUGUCAAUGACACAAUCACAGUAUAAUGAUGAACAAACAGAAACAUCAAACAAACACAAACAAAUGAAGAAGACAAUUUUAGAAUUGAACCAAACAAUUUCAAAUCUUGAAACCGAGAAAAUUCAACUGAAAAGUAACAAUGAAAGCUCAAAUGACAGAAUCAAACGAUUAUCAACAGCAUUGGAACAAAUUUCUAAGAAGAAUAAUGAAUCUAAAGAAGAUAUCAUUAAAUUAAACAAAGAGAUCAAAGAUGCUAAAGAAAUCAUCAACAAACUGAAUGAACAAAUCGAAGACAAAGAUGAUGAAAUCAAUCAAUUGAAGCGUUUACAAGAUCGAUAUGAACAACAAAAGAAUCAAUUAUCACAAUCUAAUGAAAUGAUUCUUAAAUUACAUGAUGAAAUUUCAGAAAAAGAUCGUGAAUUAAGUGAAAUGAAGAGUGUUAAACGACGUUUACAAGUUGCAUUAGAUGAUUUAGACAAAGAAAGGAAUGAAAUUGAAGAACUUCAUCAAACACAAAAUGAACUUAAACAACAGAACAAUUUGUUACAAAAAGAGAAUUUUGUCAAAACAGAAACAAUCAAAAACUUAGAAGAUGAGUUAUCACAAACAAAGUCACAUGCAACAAAUCUUAUCAAAACAGUAUCAGAAAAGACGGAAAUCUACAACAGCACUAAACAAGAUAAUGACGAAAAAGAUAAAACAAUUAAAAGUCAAGAAGAAAUUAUUGAUAAACUUAAGAAUGAAAUCAAAGAGAAAACAUCAACAUUAAAUCAAAUUAAUUCUAAGUUUAAUGAUAAAGUUGAAGAGAAUGAAACUCUUAAGAAACAAAUCUCUAGUGCUAAACAGAACAAUGAGGAACUUGAACGUCGAUUAGAUUCCAUGUUCAGCAAAGUUAAAUUAUUUGAACAACAAAUCCAAGACAACACGAAGAAUUACCAGAAAAUUGAUGAAGAAAAAUCGAAUUUGCAGAAAACUCUUCGUAAUCAAGUUGUUCUUUUAGAUGAAAGUGAAACAAAGAAGCAUGAAUUGGAAAUUAAAUUCAAUACAAUGAAAACUAAUUUCGAGAAUCUUCAGAAACAGUUCAAUGAUUUACAAACUAAACAUGAUGAACUUAAAAAAGAAAAUGAAGAUCAAAUUGAAAAUCUUUCUAAAGAAAAUGAGAAAUUUGAUCGAAAUUCGAAAGAUUUAAUUAACAAGAUCACACAGUUGGAAUCGGAAAAUCGUCAACUAGGUGGAGACUUGCAAACAACAAAACUUGAAUUGGAAGACAUAAAGAGAUCUAAACAGAAUUUGCAAGAAAUUUAUGACAAAGUUUCAAACGAAAAGAGUGAAACAGAAAAAUCAGUUCGAGAACUCAAGAAACAGAACAAAGAUUUACUUGGUCAAUUGGAAGAUAUCACAGAGAAGGAAACCAGUGCAAAUGGAAAGAUUUCAUCAAUUAAUUCUCAAAUGAAAACAUUGAAAGAAGAAAAAGAUAAAUUAGAAUCCAGUAAUUUCAAACUUCUUGAAGACUACAGAACUUUGAAAGAGAAAUCAAUUAAAGAAAUCAACGAAAUCAAGAUUCAAAAUGACAAGUUGACAAAUGAAAACACAACACUAAAAAAUGAAAUCGAACGAAUUGAAAAAUCACUUGAAAAUCAAAAGAGUGUUAAUUCGCAAAACAUUUCAGCAUUAACAACAAGGAAUAAUGAUCUUGAACGAACUAUUUCUGAAAUGAGACAGCAACACAUGAAAUCUAUUUCAACCAUUGGCGAAAUGACAACUAAUGAUGAAAUAUCUAAGCGAGAAAUUCGUAAUCUGAAAGAAAACAACAAGAAUCUCCAAGAAAAAAUUGAUAAUUUAAUUAAAAACGAAAAUGAACUUAAGCGACAAAUUUCCAAGGAGAAAUCAGAAAAAGAUCAACAGAAAUCACAAUAUGAAAACGAAGAUCAUGAAAACAAGAGAAAGAUUUCAGAAUUAUCUAAUCAAAUCAAUCAACUUUCUCAAGAAAACAAAGAUUUAGUUUCUCAAAUCGAAGAGUUGAAAUCAUCUAAAAAUAAAUCUAAAGACAUCAAUAAAAAUCUUGAGAAAGAAAUUGAUCGAUUGCGAAUAGAGAAUUCACAAAACGAGAAACUUCGAAUUUCAGCUGAAAAAUAUUCAGCUGAACUAGAAACUAAACUUGAAAGCAUCGAAAAUAAACAUGAAACAGAAAAGAAAGAUAUUAUCGACAGACAUUUCGCUGCCGAACAAGAACUUGAUUCACAACGAAUCAAAAUUUCAAAUCUUGAACAAGAAAUUGAACAUUAUAAAGCAGUUGAAGAUGAAUUGAGGAAACGACAAUUAACAGUUUCACCAACAAAAUCUAAGAUUGAUGAUAAGAAUUCAAAGAUCAUUGAAGACCAAACAAAACAAAUCUCAGACUUACACAACACAAUUUCACGAAUGGCCGAACGAUUUUCUGUUGUUGAAUCUGAACUCAAAUCAUCAUUAUCACGUGAGAAAACACUUCGAAAUGAUAUAUUAGAAAUAAAAUCAGAAUCACGAAAAUUACUUUCAGAGAAACAAAAUGAACUUUUAUCUAAAACAAAUGAACUUUCAAAGAAAGAUAAUGAGUUGAUGGUUAAAGUUUCAGAAAUUUCACAGAAACAAAAUGAAAUCGAAAUUUUGAAAGAACAACUGAACAACAUGUCUAAAACGAAUGAUAAAACGAUUGAAGAUUUAACGAAACAAAUUUUGGAUAAAAACACAACAAUUGAUCAAUUAAAAUCGAAAUUGAUUGAUUUAAGUACUAAGAGUGAUCAAUCACAAACUAUUCAAGAUCUUGAAAACAAAUUACAAACUUUAUCAAUCUCAACGAAAGAGAAAGAAGGAACCAUCAAUGAAUUACGUCAACAAAAUGAACAACUUCAUCUCCAAAUCCUUGAAAAAGAGAGUAACAUCCGAUCAGAGAAAGCGAAAGUUAAUCAUCUUAAUGAAGUAAUCAGUGAAAUUCAGAUUAAAAAUAACAACAAUGUUAAAAAUAAUAACCAAGAAUAUAUCAAUCAAAUCGAACAACUUUCACGAGAGUUAGAUUCAACAAAGCGUUCAUUUAUCACAACAUCUAAUGAGAAGAACGAACUUGAAAAAUCAUAUCAUUUACUUGAAAUUCGUCUUGAACGAUCAGAAACAACAAACAAGAAAUAUGAAGAACAAGUACUAAGGAUGACAUCAGAAAUUGAUGACCUUCAUAAAUCAAAUGACGAAAAGCAACUUUCUAUUGAACGUCUUAAUAGAGAAUUACGAUCACUUAAAUCACAACACAUUUCAAUUAAGACUGAAUUAGAAGAAACACGACAUCUUUUAUCAGAUAAAGCUACAACUGAAUCAGAAAACGAUCGAUUGAAAGAAGAAAACGAAAAGUUACAACAUUCAUUACAUCAAACAAAAACAUCUAUCAAUUCUAUGCAGACAAACUUAACAAAGAUUGAACGUGAUAUGAUUCCUAAAGAGAAAUAUCAAGAUAUUUUGCAAUCUAAAUUAUAUUAUGAGCAAGAAUAUAAUAAAUUAAAAGAAACCAAACAACAAAUUGAAAAUGAAUAUCGUAACAUUGACGAACGUAUUCGAAUUGUUCAUGAUUUCAUCAUUCAUUAUAACUAUAAAGUUGGUGACAUUCGAAAAUAUGUUUCUGCAUUGAUUGGAUAUCUUCAACCAUUAUUUAGUAUUUUCAAAUAUCGAGAAAUCAAUUUCCCAUUAUUCGAAAAAACAACUAAGAUUUUGAAGAUUGCAUCACCUUCAUUAGUUGCAAGUAUUGAUGGUAACAAAAGCAUCUUAGGUUCACAAGAGACCCAACUUUUGUCCACAGUUCGUGAUGAACUAUUUUCCAUCACACAUGGUGGUGGCAUCGAUUUUCCACCUACAUCUGUUGAAUCACAAGGUAUUUCACUUGAUAAACUUCGUCAACAACUUGAACAACUUCGGUUAUUAGUUCAUCAAACAAAAGAGAUCUUCUCCAUCCGCGAAACACACAUUCUUAAUCUUGAAGACUUAGUUCUUAAAUCACACAACAUUGUUAUGGAAAUCACUAAAGGCUGUGAUCUCAAAUCCGCGGCUGAACAAUCUAUUCAUAUCUACAAACUUUCACGCGAAAUUGCCGAAUCCGACUCAAAACUCAUUGUAUAA